AUGGGAUCAAAGAAGAAGAAGACCGAAAAGCAAAAGGAUUUUGUUAAAACAAAGUUGAAAGUCGGUAAAACAAAGGCAAAACCAGAUAAUUAUACCGAUACUUCAUUCGUUGCAAAAUCGAUUUCACUUCCAAAUCAGUCGUUAAACCAAAGAACUAAAAGUAGUUCUACUCCAAUUACACUGCCAGGUCCCAGUGAGGAUAUAGAUCUUUCGCACCACUUAUCGCUUACCAAACAUCACUCAUCCAAUACUAGGAAAGAAGUACUUGGAUAUAUCGAAUCCCAUCUUCCAACUAAUCCAUCAGCUUAUAAAGCAAUAAUCGCCAGCAUAACUCCAUUAAUUACCGAUGAAUCAUUAAAUGUUCGUCAAGCAGUAAUCCUGUUACUCAAUGCAUGUGUCACUCGCCAACCAGGACUUUUAGCUUUACAUAUCCGACCAAUUACUCUAUUCAUCCAUGCGGCCAUGUCUCAUAUCCAAUCAGACAUUCGUAAUACAUCGACCAAGUUUUUACAAGUUAUAAUAAACCACGCAUCCCAAGCAUUGAUACGAUCCUAUUUUAUUAAAACAUUGAAGAAUUACUUCACUUUAAUGGCAUGGACCCUUAAACAGGAUAAAAAAUCAGUGUCUUUAGCUAUUACAACUAGUUCAUCAAUUGGAGGAUCAACUAAAAAGGCUAGAAUUCACCAUUUGCAAAUAUUAAAAUCGUUCUUAGAAAAAUCACUUUGGGAAGAAAAUGAUCAAACAAGCCUGAUCAAUUGGGAUAAUAUUGUUAGUAUUCAUCCUCAAACUAAUAAAUACUUAUUACCAGAUACUCCACAAACUUAUUCAUCUUUAAAAUUAUUCAUACAAGAAAUUCCUAAACCAAUAACGAAUGAUGAAAUGGGUAAUGAUGAAGGGAAAUUCACUUUGGGAGAUUUAGAUCUGAUAACUACUGAAGAUCUUGAUACCAGAAGAAAGGUAUUAAUUGAUGUAUUUAUGGAACCAAUGGUUAAAAACUUGAAUAAUUUAGUGAAAGAAGGAGGUGAAGUUGGUAGAGAAGCCCAUUCAUGUCUUAAUUUAUUUGAUAAACUUAACGAAGAAUUAAAACCUAAAUAA